AGAACAGCACGUUGUUGUUACUCUAGCAGGUACAGACUGAAGCUAUUUAGAUUUCUGCAGUCUUUGUUGGACUGCAAUGGAAACCUUCGGGGAUCUAGACGAGGCAGACAAUCCACGGCACAAUCCCUUCCUAAUCGGAGUCAGCGGAGGAACCGCUAGCGGCAAGUCAACAGUUUGUGCCAAGAUCAUGGAGCUCCUGGGCCAGAACAAGGUGGACCACCGUCAGAGGAAGGUGGCGAUUAUAAGCCAGGAUAGCUUCUACAAAGUGCUGACUACAGAACAGGAGGCAAAGGCGCUGAAGGGCCAGUACAACUUUGAUCACCCAGAGGCAUUUGAUAACGAAUUAAUGUACAAAACCUUGAAGGACAUUGUGGAGGGAAGGGCAGUUGAAGUGCCAACAUAUGACUUUGUCACCCAUUCCAGGUUGGAAGACAGGAUCACAGUUUACCCAGCAGAUGUUGUCCUCUUUGAGGGCAUCCUGGUCUUCUACCCCCAGAAAGUGCGUGACAUGUUUCACAUGAAACUCUUCGUCGACACAGAUUCUGAUGUCAGACUGUCUCGCAGAGUCCUGCGAGACAUGAAGAGAGGGAGAGACCUGGAGCAAAUUCUUACUCAGUAUACAACGUUUGUCAAGCCUGCAUUUGAGGAGUUUUGUUUACCUACAAAGAAGUAUGCAGAUGUAAUCAUUCCAAGGGGAGUUGACAAUAUGGUGGCCAUCAACCUCAUCGUGCAGCACAUCCAAGACAUUCUGAGCGGAGACAUCUGCAAAUGGCAGCGUGGGUCCAUCAACGGCCAGGGGCGGAGCUUGAAACGGGCCAUUUCUGAGCAAGGUGACCUACAGAACGGAGUAGCUAAUCCCACAGGAAAGAGAGUCCUGCUGGAGCCCAGUAGUCGGCCUCACUAAGACUGCUUUGAUGCUUGAGUGCACGGACGUGUGUCCCCAGACUGUGAAUGUGAGCUUUGAGAUGGGAUUUCUGCUACUAAUUUGUACCGAGUGGCUCAGAAAGGGAAACGCCAGUCUCAGCCUCUGCAGCCUUUUUAAAAUAUUAUACACAAUCUCGUGUUGCAGGCAUUCACUGCUGCAACCUCUGUAUAGUUUUGCUGGAAUUACUGGUGCGUAAUUAAUAUGCUAAGUUUGCUUUUCACAGUCUUCCAUGAUACGUUUUGACUAUUUUAGUGUUAACUGUGAUCAGAUGAUUCAAUUUAAUUCAAUUUGUAUAGUGCCAAAUCACAACAAAAGUUGUCUCAGGACACUUUACAAAGUAAGGUCUAGACCUUACUUUUAUUAUUAUUAUUAUUAUAGAAGUUAAACCCAACAAAACCCCUUUAAGCAAGCACUUGGCGACAGCAAAGGAAGAACUUCCUUUAAAUG